AAAAAUAGAAAAUGCAACAUAGUUUCUUCCUCGUUUUCCUAGAAAAUUCAUGACUCUGAUUUAUGAAAUUCUUGCGAUCGAUUCUACUGCACUAAAAAUAGGAGAUUCACUGGACCCUCAUCUCGUUCUAACGUAGUCGGCACAUCAAAGUACAUACAUACAACGCCAUCUUGCACGAUAUGGCACAAAUAUUGCAUGCACCGUCGCGGCAAUUGCUGGCGCAAGUCUGCGGGAAGAGCAAACGGUCGGGAUAUUGCCGUCACCGCCGACGUUGUGUCAGUGGUUGGACGUGACACUGUGCGGCGUGCAUCAUGGCGCAGUGGAGGCAAGAGACAAUAUUGAAGCUGAUCGGUGCGUAUCACGCGAGAAAGCUCCUCUGGGACCACAACACGUCCGACUACACCGAUCGUAACAAAAGAAUCCACGCAUGGAAAGAAAUCGCUGAUGAGCUCGGAUGCGAUGUGAUGACGGUGGAGAGGAAACUGAAGAGCCUGAAGACUCAUUUCAUGUCGGUUCACAAAGCAUACACGAAACGUAGGCUCAAGGCUGAUCUGAAUCCUGGCAGCGCCGUAAUCAAGCCUAAAUGGUUCGCUUAUGAUGCUUUAGCCUUUCUGAAUAAAGGACGCUUGGUGCGAAUCAAUCGGGAAACAGCGAAUAUGGAGAAGCAGAAUUCCGCACCUGUUCCUAAUUGGAAACCGCAGUUUCAGGAGAUUUCGUCAUGCCGUGACGAAUUCACGGUUUUUGCUGAGCACGUCGCAAUUCGGCUGAAAAAUAUAACGGACGUGCAUGCAAGACUUGUCGCACAGCAUCAAAUAAACAACAUCCUGUUCGAGGCCGAAAUGGGAAAGUAUAACAUGCACUCCUCUUUUAAUACGGUUAAUUCGGAGCUUACGGAGAACUUGGAUGAGCCGUCGACAUCGAACGAGGAGAAAGUGAUGAUAAAUAUCACCUAAGUAAUUUGAUCAAAUCUUCUUCUGUGAAUAUGUGUAUAAUUAUUAUAUUAUUCUUAAAAUUUUUAAUAAAUCAUUGCCACGUGU